AUGAAGUCGAAUGCAUGGCGCAUCGUUCAGGGAUUGACUAACGCAGAGAAACUGGUCCGCGUGGGAACCACUAAUGAUGGCGGAAAGUGGAUAUGCAGUCCUUUUAGAAUUCCUUUACAAUGCAAGCUGGUAUCGCUUGGAUUAUACAAUGAAGUUACAUUUGAGCGGGAACUACAGUAUAUAACUAAUAGCCGCUGUAGUAUUUAUGGAUACGACAUGAAUGAACAAUCGCCAAAGACGGAAGAAAUCUUGAAAAAAAUUCGAACAAAAACUAGAAAGGCAACAAUAAGUAACACCACGGAUGAAACUAGAAACAUCAUAUCAGAACUGGAACUUCUAAAAGUGGAUAUUGAGGGUGAGAUUAGUAUACCAUUUUUAAAAAGACUCGAAUGUAACUACUGUACAGAAAUCAUGGUCGAGAUCCAUGGAACGCCAUAUGACACAGCUACGUUGCUUCGACUUCUCUCUAAUCAUGGCUACUGGUUAUAUUCCCAUGAAAUCAACGGCGCUUGGCAUACUCUUUGUGAAUUCUCGUUCAUUCAUGAGUCUGCGUUCACUCGUUACGGGGCAACACCGAUGGCAAGAUACCUGAACUGA